GAUCAACAGCGUUACGAGCGUUACUACCGUUGUAGGUGUUGCUGGCCGCUCAGUUUGUGGUGUUGUGUGGUCGAAGAAGGUGUGAUUGUGAUACCCUGUUUCUCACCUAUUGGGAUUAUUGUGUUGUUGAGGAAAGAUCGCUUGUACGAGAAGCAAUAUUUUGGAUUAUCGCACGUGUAAAUUAGUAAUAGUUCCAACAAGAAACCACCAAUGAACAGUGAUGCUUACUUGAUAUCAACAAAAUGUCAAAUCUCAGAAAUUAAUUUCCAUCCACAUUGUGACCAACUGACAAAGAGAAAGACACAUGCACAUCAGCCAUAGAGACACAUAUUCCACUCAUGGCUCAAGGUCCAUGGUGUAGAAACAUUGGCGACCGUUUCAUUCCUACACGUGCUGGAAACAACUGGCAGAUUAAAUUUGCCAUGAGCACAGAGAAUAGUGGAGGCUAUCGUGAUGGAUUGGUGUACCCUUGCCUACUGAAGAAUGAACUUCUAGGUGCCAGCAUUGAAGACGUUAAAUGCCAGUAUGAUGAGAGAAGGACAUUGGUCCCACUCAGGGAAUCAAAUCUCUUUCAGUACUCCUUACCAAAUAGGAGGGGAAGUAACACAUCAUCACUGGCUUGCUAUUCUUUGUCACCAGUUAGUGCAGUAAGCCAGAAGCUGCUUACAUCUGCAAGAAAAGAAACAAAGAAAAUAUCACCAAAGCCCUUCAAGGUGUUGGAUGCUCCUGGCCUGCAAGACGACUUUUACCUCAGCCUUAUGGAUUGGUCUUCGCAAAAUAUAUUAAGUGUGGGAUUGGAAGGCUGUGUGUAUCUUUGGUCUGCCUUCACUAGCCAAGUCACAAUGUCGUUUGAUUUAUCUUCAGAUGGCAACUAUGUAACUUCAGUUGCAUGGAAUAAGCAGGGAAAUCAUCUAGCUGUUGGAACAACAUAUGGUGGUGUGCAAGUCUGGGAUAUUGUUGUAAAUAAACAAAUUAAAAUGAUGCAAGGCCAUGGAGGAAGAGUGGGUACCCUGGCUUGGAACGAAAAUGUUCUGUCAUCAGGAAGUCAGGAUACCCUUAUUUUACAACGUGAUAUGAGAACGCCUAGUCUUGUUGCAGAGAGAAGAUUAGUAGGUCAUCAGCAAGAGGUUUGUGGCUUGAAAUGGUCUCCUGAUAAUAAAUAUCUGGCCUCUGGGGGCAAUGACAAUUGUUUGUAUAUUUGGGACUUGUGCUGCCUCUCGCCUGUUCAGAAGUACACCAAGCAUUUGGCAGCAGUGAAAGCUAUUGCAUGGUCCCCACACCAUCGUGGGAUCUUGGCUAGUGGUGGCGGUACACAUGAUGGGUGUAUUCGUUUCUGGAACACACUCACAAGACAGCCAGUCGAGUGUGUAGACACUGGCUCUCAAGUCACUAAUCUGGCCUGGUCAGAAUUUUCCUCUGAACUGGUCAGCACCCAUGGCCACCCUAAAAACAAUAUCCAUGUGUGGAAAUAUCCUAGGCUCACACAGCUAGCAAACCUCACCGGCCACUCAUCUAGAGUGCUCCAUCUGGCAGUAUCGCCUGAUGGUGAAGCCAUUGCAACUGGUGGUGCGGACGAGAAUGUUCGCAUUUGGAAUGUUUUCAGCAGACCUUGUUCAGAGAAGGAGCAUAGAUCAGUCCUCAGUCUGUACUCGGGCAUCCGAUGAUGGAUUUGCAGAUGGGAAGUUCAUGCGAAGCUCAGGUCCUACAGCUUUUACUUUUUAGCACACAAAAUAAGAUGUUUAUUUUUGUUAAUAUUUUGUUUAACACUGUUUACUUGUUAGCACACAAAAUAAGAUAUUUAUUUUUGUUAAUAUUCUGUUUAACAGCUUUUACUUGUUGGCACACAAAAUAAGAUAUUUAAUUUUGUUUAUGUUCUGUGAUUUUAUUAUACUGUUUCUUGCAUUUAAUAAUUUAUAUGUAAUAUGUAUCAUAGGCAUUUGGAAGCAUUCACCUUGGAGUGCUAAUAAAUUAUAUUCUCAACUGCA